AUGCGGUCAAGCGCUGUGGAACACCAAUAUGUCGGCAGUGAACACUGGUCAGCGAUCAUGGAGAGUAUCGCCGAUUUGAAAGACCACUUCGACCGAGAGGAACAGUCCAAGCUGGCAGAAAGUCCAACAGUAGAUCACUGCUUUGACGAUCCAAGCUCUUUCACUCAACGUCGAAGGUGGCAGCGCCCCUUGCUUUUGUACGGAUGCCGACCUGCAGCUUCAAAGUCAGAGAUCCUGUCCGCCCUGCCGCCAAAAAACGCAGUAGACCGCUAUAUAUCUCGGUAUUUCAACCGUCUAGACCUCGUCUCUUCAUCGUCCGUCCAUGGCCCAACGUUUCUCAGCGAGUACGAAGAGUUCUGGCGCGCUCCCAACGACACUUCCCCAAUGUGGAUCGGUCUUCUUUUCAGCAUGAUUUGCUUAGCUGUCAUUGCAUCAGACCCUUCCACUGACGUAUAUGAAGAUGGCCACCAACAGCUGCAAAUAGAACUGUACCGAGAGAAACUGGUACAAUGUCUGUUGAUGGGAGAGUAUACUCAAGGUGGCGACUAUGCGCUAGAGACUUUUAUGAAUUACGUCUACGUCGAAUUCCGGAUACAUGACGACGCGCAGAAGGAUGUUUGGUUCUUACUUGGCCUCGAAGUCAACCUAGCCAAACGAAUGGGGUAUCACAGAGACCCCAAACACUUUCCAGAAAUUGCCCCGCUAAAGGCAGAGAUGAGGCGGCGAGUAUGGGCAACGGUCCUUUUGGGAGACAUCUUGAUCUCAGGUCAGAUGGGAAUGCCCCGCAUGGUACGAGAUGGUGAGUUCGACACAGCCGAACCACGAAAUUUGAACGAUGAAGACCUGAACGGGGAAAUGACAAGUCUACCACCGCCAAGGCCAGAGACGGAGCAUACAACAGCCCUGGGGAUCAUUGCUCGAAGGAGACUUCUGAUCGCUCUAGGGACUAUCUCUGACCUUGCAGCAUCCCUAAGACCAAGUAGUUAUGCGGACAUAUUGGGACUUGACGGGAUUCUUGAGCAGGCAUACAACAGCAUCCCUCCACCACUUCGCAUGAAAUCUAUGGCCUCCAGCGUCACCGACUCCCCCCAAGUUAUCAUGGCCCGCCUUUUCCUUCGCCACAUGUUUUGCAAGGGAAAAAUCAUGCUGCAUCGCCGGUUCCUCUUCGCAAAGUCGGCUAUAGAGCAUGAUGACGCGUACUCGUACUCAAGGACAGCUUGUCUUGAUGCGGCCCUUGGAAUGCUACACAUCCAACAAACUCUAGACGAAGAAACGUGCCCUGGCGGCCAGCUCUUCAUGAUGCACUGGAGGGUAGGCUCGAUCAUGAAUCACCACUUUUUGACAGCCACCAUGGUUCUCUGUUCGCUGGUCCACCAAAGGCAGACUUUGGGCCGAGAGAACGAGAUAUUGACUGCGUUGAGGACUGCUCGCAGCAUCUGGAUGAGAAAGGCCGAAGACUCAGCUGAAGCAAAGAAGGCAUCACAAGCAGUCAGCAUCGUUCUUGCACGAGCUGGAGGUCCGAGGUUUGAUGCUACCCUCGUAGCUGACCGGCCUAGCCAACUGGCUUCUGAGUCUAUCGCAAGUUCGAAGGAUGAUUUUCUGGAAGGCCUUGUGGGAGAUCAAGUCAUGCUUGAUGAGCAGAUACUCUUGCUACCAACGGAAACACUCUGCAGCGAACAAUCUGGAGGCCCAGCGAGCCAUGGGAACCCAACUCUGAGUGAAUGGGUGUUUAUGGGUGAUCAAGAACACUAUCAGUGA